AUGUACAAAUCCUUCAGCCUUCUCUUGGUCGCAACGGCCGCUCUGGUUAGCAAUGUUGCGGCCAUCCCGGUGGUAUCACGCCAGAGCGCGGAAUCGGUUCCAGUUAUGCCAGGCAGUGUCGAGGAUAUUAUCAUCACCGCCGGGAAUACAUUGAACGCCACCAACCCUGUUGCCACACCAAGCCACUCCAACGAAACAACCUUUAGCAUUACUGCGAACUCUAGGCUGCCGAUGAACCUGGUCAACAACAUCGGUGGUUCAGUCAACGCGUACGUGACUGGUCUGGAUCCAAGUGGCCGUAUUGUCUUCGUCCAGCCCAAUGGACAAUUCUAUUAUCCGCCUGCAGAUGCUUCGUACAACACUCCUCGGGAGGUGUUCGCAAAUGUCGCCAUUCCUCUCAACACAGGCAAGGGCUCCACCACCCGGGUCGUGAUGCCAGAUUACAUCUCAGCAGCACGAGUAUGGUUCGCGCAGGGCAACCUCCACUUCUAUUCGAUCUGGGCCGGCAAUGCUCCAGGUCAAGUCCAGCCAUCUUUUGCCAACCCCAAAGAUCCCAGCGCGRCCAUCAACUGGGGCUUUGUUGAACUCACAAACAAUGCUGGUGGUCUCUACGCCAACUUGUCUUAUGUAGACUUUGUCGGUCUUGCCUUGGGAAUGUCCAUCAAGCGCGGCAACGGCGUGACCGACACCGUACGUGGUCUUGGUGUCAAUGGUGUUCGCAACGUGUGCAACCUCCUGGCCAAGCGACAGGCAGGCGGAAACCAGCCUUGGGGCCAACUCUGCCAGUCCGGAUCCAAUGGCCCUCUCCGUGUUGUUGCCCCUUACCCCUACCAGGUCGGUGGCAAUGGAGCAUUCGCCAACUACUUUACCAACCACGUAAAUGCUGUUUGGCAUCAUUAUACCAACAAUGACCUCGUCAUCGACACGCAGACUGGUAGUGGCCGGGUCGCUUGCCGUGUCCGUGGCGGAGCGUUGCAAUGUAAUGGAGACAAUCGCUCCUACAACAAGCCCACGGCCGGCGAUAUCUUCGGAUGCAACUCGGGUCCUUUUGCCAUUUUCGGAUCAGACAAUGGUGUGCACCGUGCUAUUGUUCCUCGUCUGUGUGCCGCAUUCAACCGUGGAACUCUUCUGUCUGGCGGUGGAAACCUUCAGCCUGGUCCUGCUGCUUCGACUUAUUACAAGACCACUCCGGCAAACUAUUACAGCGCCUUUGUCCACCAGAACCAGCCUGAUGGACGCGGCUAUGCUUUCAGCUAUGACGAUGUGAACCCAAGCGGUGGAAUUGACCAAAGUGGUACUUUGGCAGAUGGUAACCCGCAACUUCUCACCGUAUACGUUGGUGGAGCUUAG